AUGACUAAAACCAAAAGUCCACGCGUGCACAGUCACAGAACGAAGUCUUAUGCUUGCUCUGCGUCGCCGAUAUUCCCUCCAAACCCUUUCUACGAAGAGAGCCGUUCGUUUCGAGAUUUGAGGAAGAAGAUCAAGACAAAGAGGAAGCAGAGAACGCAGUUUGGUUCCGAUUCUCUCCUUGCCUCUCGUUUUAAGUCGAGUGGUUCUUGGUGCUGGUCUUGUAGCGAAGAAGACGAAAGUGACGAUACAGAUACACUCUUUUCUUCUAGAAGCUUCUCCUCGGACUCGUCCAAGGCGGAGAGUUUUGCGGUGGUGAAGAAGUCAGAGGAUCCAUACGAGGAUUUCAGGACGUCAAUGGUGGAGAUGAUAGUUGAGAGACAGAUAUUCGCAGCGGCUGAGCUACAAAAGCUUCUUCAGUGUUUUCUAUCGUUGAACUCUCUUCAACACCACAGUGUCAUCGUUCAAAGGCCUAAUCUUGCUUUAGUGUUUGGUUCAGCAAACACUAGAGAAAAUAACAAAACAGAGGAAUCCGUAGAUUCUUCAACAACAAAUCUAAUAUGUAUUCAUUCAUUAAUCUCUGUUUUCAACUACCCCUAA